AUGACUUUGACUCCCCACAGGGGGAGAAUGGUAUUUCAAGCAACGUGCAGGCAUACCAUAGGAGGACAAGUCCUCUUCCUGAACACUUUCUCUUUUCAUUAACUCCUCCUCCUUCUUCGUCUUCAUCUCUGAUGGAAUGCUCUCAUUCGCCCCUCUCAUCCUCCACUUCCAACGCAUCAUCAAUUACCCGGAGCCCCUCUUACUCCUCACUCCCUCUAUUCUUACUAUGAACACCCUGAACACUUCGUCUCCUACUGAAGCGGCACAACAACCAACGCAUCAGGCAGUCGCCUCAGUUGCCGCCACAAGCUUGCCGGAGAUCGCCUCGCUUAUCGCCCUCACCUUCAGCAAGGAGGACAUCGCCGCCUGUGCCCUUGUCUGUCGAGCCUGGUCCUCGGUCUACACUCCUCUACUCUGGAAGGACAUCCGCGCUCGCAUCCCCAACCCUCUCAACGCCUCUCUCCUCCCCACCCUCCUCGCUACCCACGGCGCCUUCAUCCGCACUUUAUCCAUCAACGAUGCUCCCGAACACUUUCUUUCCAGAGCAGACCCGUCUACGGACCUCGUUUUUGACUGUGCAACCAUCGAGAAUGUCGUCCACCUGACCAUCUCGACCGAGAACGACAAGAAGAAGGCUUUCAGGAACAUUAUCCAUCGAAACCGACAUACUCUGCGCUUCCUGUGGUUGACAUUUCAUGUGGAAAAGCCGAAGCAGGCCCCGGACUGGUGCGGCGAGCCGCUAUUCGAUUUCCCGGGGAUCAAUGGUGCACCUUGUCUGCAGUCGCUAUAUUUGGAGCGUUGGAGGAUGACACGGCGGGAGCUGAUCUUAAUUUUGAAAGCAUGUCCAGUCCUGAAGCUGCUCUCCUUCUCGGACAUCUAUAUCGUCCGUGACGACAACAACAUCAACUGCUGCAGCAGCAGCGGCAGUUCACAAGAGCCCACAGGAUCCAAUGUCCUUGAUAUCGAACCGUUCCAACACCUGGCGCUGGUAAAUCUCCGGAUGUGCUCAAAGCUAUACCCGAUCCUCGACCUGAUCCCGAAUGUCAAAACCAUUGAAUUCUACCGUUUCGACCGCUCCAUCGACCCUCUUGAACUUAAGCUUUUCUGCGAAUCCAUCCGGGCCUACUGCCCAAAGCUCCAACAGGUCUGGGCCUUUGGGUUCGAAUGCUCGAUGCUCCCCGCAAUCGUCGAUUCCAUUGAGCAACUGGUAACUUUUCGUGGCUCGAGUAAUAUGGCAACCGUGCUCUCGAUUCUCGAUCAUGCCAACACGCUCGAGGAGGCCAACCUGUCGGAUUACACAGAACAGACAUUCUUGCCACUCAGGUUCCUAGAGACCUGUCCACGGCUGAAACAGUUCAUGACGGGACAUUCAUCAACAACAAUAGCGGAAGUCAGAGGAUCUCUGCAAAAGGGAUGGGCGUGUCGGGAUUUACGGGAGUUGAGGCUAAGCAUCUAUAAACUGUCGCCGGCAUUGAUUGGCGCGAUCAUGCAGGAUCUGGGAGCAGAGAAGGAGACGGCGUCAAGGGUUCGGAACACAAGGGGUGCGGCAUGGGCGGUGCAGCAGGCGCAGCAGGAGGAUCAACUACAGGUGGCCAUGAGUGUGUUGACACUGGAGCAGCAGGAGUUCAGGAGACUGUUUGCAGACUUUUUGGUAGGGUUCGGGCAUCUCAAGAGAUUGAACUUUGGAACUGGAUGGCACUCUAUCAACAGGACGCACCGCAGUUGAGAAUGCUGUACUGUGUAAAUAAGCCCCUUGUCAAAAGCAUGGCGGUUGAUGAGCCUUGGGGGGAGGGAACGAAGUAUAUACGAGGUUUAUCUGGCUUUCAGUUAGUCGUGUCAAUAUUAAGCACAGCAGAAAAUAGAAACCUAGAGGAAGAGCCCAAGAUGACCCCAUUGAUCACAUUGCUCGCACCAAAUCCGAAUCUGCACAAGUCCUUUCAUGGACUCGACUACAACCCCGCCAAGACCCUCAUGCCUUCAAGGCCCUGGACGCCUAGCGCCGUGCUGCACCAAGGGUUUAAGGCCUCUGUUGAGCU